AUGGUGAUGGAUUCGGAUCUGAAGAACAGGGUGAAGUCUGAUUUGGAAGGGUUUCUCAAGUCGAAGCAGUAUUAUCACAGGCUAGGCCAGUUAACAUCGUUCUUCCAAAGUGCUGAGAACUUUCGAGCCCUCUGCACGGGGGAGAAAGGAAUUGGAAAUUCAGGGAAGCCCUUACAUUACAAGGGCUCUGCAUUUCACCGCAUUAUUCCUGGCUUCAUGUGCCAAGGUGGAGAUUUCACGAGGGGUAAUGGAACAGGCGGAGAAUCCAUAUAUGGACUGAAGUUUGAAGAUGAGAAUUUCAAACUGAAGCACACCGAGCCUGGCCUUCGCAGAGUUGGAUUCGCAAUCGCAGAGUUGGAGUCGCAGCGUCGGCCGUCAGAAGAUGAAUCUGAAGUGCGGUAA